AAUGACUCUCUUUCCCUUACUGACAUAUCAAAUACACAUUUAAAGCUUAAUUGAAUUAAAAUGUAAAUCAAACGCAUAGUUUAGCUCAUAGCCUCUGUCGUGUUUUGAGACAGUUGUACUUCAAAGGCCUGUUGUGUUUGGAGCUCCAGUUAACGUUGUUUCAGAUUAACUUUUUCAUAUACGCCACAAAGUCUGGCAAGGCUGUGGUACAACUGAAGAGUUUAUCCAUCUUUAUCGUGUGUAAGACUAUGAGUAAAGAGUCCAGAAUGAGGGCAACAGUAAACCAGAAGCUGACAGAGAUGGGGGAACGAGAGAGACUGAAGGAGUUACUGAGGGCUAAGCUCACUGAGUGUGGAUGGAAGGACCAGAUGAAAGCUCACUGCAAAGAAGUAAUCAAAGAAAAAGGCUUGGAACAUGUCACUGUGGAGGACCUGGUGGUAGAGAUCACUCCUAAAGGAAGAGCUUUGGUGCCGGACAGCGUCAAGAAAGAGCUUCUCCACAGAAUUAGAGCCUUCUUAGCUCAGCAAGCCACAUAAUUAUGAUUUUUAACAUUACAACUUGCCUAUACUAUCAUGAUAUAGAAUGUGUUUAAUAAAUUGAUCUACUUGAAUGUUAAAAGUAUUUUUCCAUUAUCUUGAAUUUUUCUGAGACAUAAUGACACCGGCUUUUCUUUUUUUUUUUACUAAUUCUGUGACUACGGUUAUCACAUGUUUGUUAAUGCACUCACCUUGCACAUUUAGUUGACCUUUCUAUAAGGUACUGUAUGAAUAACGUUUUAGAAUCAUUGAUCAACAAUCAUUUUAAAUAUAAUAAUAAUAAAUAAAUAUAUAAUAAUAAUAUUGUAUUUGAAUUGAAGCUUUUUACUGUCCUGGCUUUAUUUCUUAAUUAAAACAU